GAUACUUUUGGCGGCUCGUGGAUGUCCAUCCCUAGACCCAUUUAUUUGUUUUUUCGUCAAAUAUAAACAAUGGCUAGCGAGGACUUAUUUCCGCAGGAAUUAACCGAAGAACAGGACCAUGAGCUGGAAAAGGCUAUGGAAACAGAGCCGAUAGAUUCCGAGCAAACAGAGGAACCCCCAGAAGAGCUGGAGGCUGAAGAAACCGAGAAGGAAUCGCCAUCCGAAAAUGGAACCGACAGCACAACCGAAAAGCCUGCAACCAAUGGUGUUAAGCCAACUACUGAUCAUGAAAGUGACUCCAAAAUCACGCAUCUCCCUUUGGCUCGCAUACGAAACAUCAUGAAACUGGAUCCGGAUCUGCAUAUGGCCAACCUCGAGGCUGUGUUUACAUUGACCAAGGCUGUGGAACUUUUUGUUGCCUCUCUGGCGAGGGAAUCCUACACGUACACCGCACAGUCCAAAAAGAAAACCAUCCAAAAGAGAGACGUGGACAUGGCCAUCUCUGCCGUGGACAGCUUGAUGUUCCUUGACGGAGCCAUGAACUUUUAAGCCCCCCUGUGAUUGUAAAAACCCAUCCCAUUAAAAACUGAUAUUCGUUUAUAUUAUAUUUUAUUAUUUGGGUAAUGUAGCGGCAAACACAUUCG